GAAGGAGGAAAGAAAUGGAGAGAGAAGGAAAAAGAAAAGAGGACAUGGAGGAAAGGAUGAAGGGAGGAACUGAGAGAAGACAUGAAUAGAGAAAAAGAGGAAAAAAACGAGGGAAGGAGAGAAAAAAACACGGAUGGAAGGAAGAUAGGAAGGAAAGGAGGGAGGGAAACAGGAGGAAGGCAUGCACAGAAGGGAGGAAAGAACGAAGAGGAGGGAGGGAAAAAAUGGAAAGACAGAUAUGGAAGGAAAGAAGGAAAGGAAGGACGGAGGGAGGGAAACAAAACAAGGAAGAGCAUGCAUAGAGGGAGAGAGGGAAAAGGGAAGGAAGGAGAGAAACAGGAAAACAUAACACAUAGGGAAAUAGAGAGAGAAGGAAAAAAAAAGAUUGAAAGAUAAUAUUGAAGGAAAGUAGGAAAGAAAGGAGGGAGGGAGGGAAACAAAUAAGGAAGAGCAUGCAUAGAGGGAGGGUUUAGGGAGUGAGUGAGGGAAAGAGGAAUGGAGGGAGGGGGAGAGGUGGAGGCGUAGAUAAGGCCCCUUACUGAGUGACGGGCGGUUGGCGUGGCGGGGUGGUGGUGGUGGUGGUGGCACGCUGCUGGCACACAUUGGCACUGGUGACCGCCUGGCUCACACCCGCGCCCCUCGCCGCCUCGCCGCCACGCUGUGCUUCCCGCGCCGUGCCUGACGUGAUGAGUGAGCGGCCCGGCGUGCCUGCAGCAGCGGCGCCUGGCGGGACCUGAGGUGCGGUGAAGUGAGGCGCGGUGAUGCAGGAGGCGCCGCGUGUGUACCUGCCCGCCCCGCCCCGCGCCGCACGCCCACCAUGAAAGCCUCGGUCAGACUCAAGGCGCCGCGCUGACCACUACCCAUUGACUGCUGCUGCUGCUGCUGCUGCUGCUGCCCGCUGAGUGCCGAGUGCUGAGUAGUGUGUGCUGACCUGUGCCUCAGUGACCCGCCGCCAGUGCCUGAGUGGUGACCUGACUCGCUCAUCCGAGCGUCGCCUUACCAGCGGGCCCGGGAGAGGUGCACACUCUCGCGGCCUUUGGGCGCCGCCACCACGCCCGCCGCGCCCCUAGCAUGGGCAAUGAGGGCGGCAAGAUUACCAGCUACGACGACCUGUGCAUCGAAGGCCUGGCGGGCGGCGGCGGCGGCGGCGUGGUGUCGUUGGACUCAGGGCUGCGCGGCCUCAAGGCGCGGCGCACCACCAGCCUGGUGUUUGGGCGGCGCGCACGGGUCGCGGCGGCCACGGAAGACGACACCUGUUCCAGCGACGACAGCGGCGGCUUCCGUACCGAGUGGAGCGACGCCGAGGCGGCGGCGGGCGGCGGCAGGGUGAAGGUGCUGCGGCGGCGGCGGCAGGGUGAGGCGCCCUCCGCCAGGCGACCUUCCAUGGCCAUGGCCAGCAGGCGCCCCCUGCUGGCCGAGUCCUCCUCGCCUCCCUCCUCCCCCGGACACUCCCCCCACACCCACAAUAGAGGAGAUGCCUCUGCCAAGGGGUCCUCGGGGGCGCCGCGUCCCCUGCCCCGGUGACAGGACUGGCUGAUCAGCCACAGGAAGCGCGCCCCACCUCAAAGUCUCCCCCCUCCCCCCGCCCCGCUCAUCCUCCUUCAGGGAGUUCACUGCUCCAGUUCUCACCGCCACCACCACCCCCGCCGGUGCCGCCGC